UCCCUUCAUUUCUAAACACUUCUCAAGAGUAACAACGAGCGGACAUUUACACAGCUCUCGUCAGCCAAACAUAUGGCAAAAAUAUACGUUGUUCUUUCUUUUUAUGUGGUGUGCACUCCAUUUUAAAAAUUCCGCCGAAAAAGAGAAGACGAUUUUCCGAAACAUUUUCGCCGUUAUCUCACGGCUUCCUCUUCUCUUUACAGGUGUAUAACUGCUACCCAGAAGGCCUAGGGGCGGCCCUUUACCGGGAGCGCUUUGACUUCAACGCUGAGCCGCCUUGGGAUCCCAGCUGAUAGCGGGACACGGCCAUCUACAGACUUGCCCAUGACCCACGGCUCAGUCGCGACUUUGACCUGACUACUACUUCUUUAUGAUUGUCUGCUGAAUACGGGUUGAGAUGAAAGGACUCGCUGACGAACCAAACCACACGAUCGAACUCCUGGAGGGAGGAACCACUCUGGAAGAUGUCAUCGAUGGACAUGUUUACGAACAAGCUCUGGCUGAAAAGAGUGUGUUUGUAGUGUCUGACCUUGGGUCCCUGAUGAGACAGCAUGUCCAGUGGCAGCUCACCAUGCCCCAGAUCAGGCCCUACUACCAGGUCCAAUCCAACAGCAGCCCGGUUGUCAUCGAGGUUCUGGCCUCUCUCGGCCUCGGCUUCGUCUGUGCUAACAAGGCUGAAGUCAGUCUGGUGUUGGAACACGGCGUGCCCCCUGAACACAUCAUCUUCUCUGGAGUUUGCAAACAGCUGUCCCACAUCAAACACGCAGCCAAGAAUGGCGUCGACCUCUUGGUGUGCGACAGCGAGACGGAACUCUGCAAGAUAGCCCGUUCUCACCCCAACGCCAGGCUGCUGGUUCAGGUAACUACCUGGGCCCUGGCAGCAGAGACCAGCAUGGAGUUUGGCUGCUCUCUGAAGAGCUGUCGGCGCCUGCUGGAGACGGCCAAGCACCUGGGGGUGCAGGUGGUGGGCGUUACGUUCCACAUUCCCAGCUCCUGCAAGGACCUGCAGGCCUACACCCACGCUCUGUCGGAUGCCCGCUGUGUGUUUGACAUGGGGGCAGAGUUGGGGUUCAACAUGAGCAUCCUGGAUAUUGGUGGUGGAUUCUCUGGCUCAGAGUUUCAGCUCAAACAGGUUCAUACCGCUGUCACACUGCUGCUGGAUGCCUACUUUCCCACGCUGUCUGGCGUGCAGGUCAUCGCUCAGCCUGGUAGCUACUACGUCUCCUCUGCCUUCACUCUGGCUGUCAAUGUCAUCGGCAAGAAGGUUGUGGCCCGGGACUGGAACGGCCUCGCUCAGGAUGAGCUGACGCCAGAUGACGAGCCAGAGUUCCUGUACUACCUGAACGAUGGCGUCUACGGGUCUUUCUCCAGCAAGCUGCUAGGAAGCACCAUCCCUGCCCCGGCUGUGCACAAGAGGGGGUCUACGGCGGAGGAGCCAGUGUUCUCCAGCAGCCUGUGGGGUCCAUCAUGUGACAGCCUAGACCAGCUGGUAGACCACUGCCUGCUGCCUGAGCUCAGCCCUGGAGACUGGCUGGUCUUUAACAACAUGGGGGCUGCUGGGCUGGGGGACCUGUCCUCCUUCAGUGACCCCUCAGCCAUCAGACCACCUGUCUACUACACUGUCUCCACUGCUGACUGGUACAACAUACAGGAGGCAGGGAUCGCUGUGGACAACAUCAUGAAGAACUUCUCCAUGGUCCUGUACGGUGCAUAGCUCUGUCCCCCUCCGUUGUGACCUCCCAGAGAGAGAUCUCCUGGGCUUUCAGUGGGCAACAUUCCAACAGCCUUGGAAAAUGCAGUGUUCAACUUUCCAGGAAGGUUGAAAUAGACUUGUGAUUUCCUGGGAACAGAAAACGAUUUAUUGGUGACCCAUACCUCAAUUCUCAAUUUGUUUAGGAAAAAAUAAAAAGAUCAACGUUUUAUCCCUCUUCCUCCUCGCCCCUCUUCCUCCUCAGUCAGUUAGAAAACACGUUUAUCCCUCUUCCUCCUCGCCCCUCUUCCUCCUCAGUCCCCCCUCCUCCUCAGUCAGUUAGAAAACAACACGUUUAUCCCUCUUCCUCCUCGCCCCUCUUCCUCCUCGCCCCUCUUCCUCCUCUUCAGUCAGUUAGAAAACACGUUUAUCCCUCUUCCUCCUCGCCCCUCUUCCUCCUCGCCCCUCUUCCUCCUCUUCAGUCAGUUAGAAAACACGUUUAUCCCUCUUCCUCCUCGCCCCUCUUCCUCCUCAGUCCCCCCUCCUCCUCAGUCAGUUAGAAAACAACACGUUUAUCCCUCUUCCUCCUCGCCCCUCUUCCUCCUCAGUCCCCCCUCCUCCUCAGUCAGAUAGAAAACAACACGUUUAUCAGUAACAUAUGCAACAAAAUGGAUGACUGUGUAGAUGGAACCCCGCUUCCUAACCAGGUUUAUUCAUUAGAUAGUUUACAUAAAUGUGUAAUUGGUUCAUUUCUAUUAUAUAUUGAUUACCUGUUGACAGUCGUGUAAAAAUCACUUGUCUGUUCAACAUGAUGAUGCAUUUGUCUAUAGAAGAUGAUUCGCCAGGUUUAAUAUUUAAAAUCAGUACUACAUUUUUUGCUUUUGAUCCCAUAGUCUAGUGAUGUUAACUUUAACCCAUUCUUGAUUUACGUUUCGUAUUUUAUUUGGGUUUAUUAAUUGCAUUUUUGUAAAAUAAUAUGGAGCAUGUGUGAGCUCCAGCCAACAUUUCCCCAAGUACAUGCGGUUUUACUUAGCAAUAUCUUCCGUGGGAGUACUGUUGUCUGUUUGAACGCUACGUGGAUAACUGUGAUUCCAUUGCGACAUCUUAACGUUCCUACUUGGUGAGAGGGGCAUUGGAAGGAUUUGUUGAAGUGAUUUCUGAUCAGAGGAACGCCCACAGUCUGAACAGAACUAGCUGGGUUCUGUUUUGCUAAUGUACAGACAGAACUUUACCAGGCUAGCAGACAGUGGUCCUCGGUUUUCGAAUUCCUUUCGAGGUAAGUGUUCUGGACGGCAAAGACCCCUACAGCGUUACAGCCCAUGGCUUUCACUCUGAGCAUGCUGUAUAGCUUCUCUGCUGGGUUAGAGAUACAACUAACAUCAGCCUUGAGGCUUGGACACACUUGGAACAUUUAGUUUUUUUAUAAACCUUUCAACCACAAGUGUGUUACAAGGCCUUGUUCUCUGUCGCCACAGAACAUAGCAGUACACCAAUAGACUUCAUUUUUAUGUGGAUCUAGCUUCUCAUGCCUCUCUUCCUGUAUGGUGGUCUAACAUGGAGUCUUGUACGGUUUUAAUGUCUAAAUAAGGUGACCACAGCUGGACCCAUAUCUGGUUGGUGCUCUUUCCAUUGCUCAUUGUCAAUCCCAAGCUGUUUGCCGUGACAAGGAAGUGGGCAUGACUGGCGCAAACAGACUGGCACUCAAGCAAGACCAUACCUGACUGAACUCUUAACUGUCUCCCUUGUUGGAAAAGUAAAGUACUGGAAAUUACUUUCUAAGGCACUAAUGGACCAUAUCCUAUUUUUUACUGUAAAUUGUGCUUGUUAAAGUAAUGCAAGUGAUUAAUUUAAUACAUCUUUUGGACUGAAA